AUUGCCAUUUUCUCUUGUCUUGUCUUGUCGUCAAGGAGAGAGUGAGUGAGUGAGUGAGAGGGGAAGGAAAGAGCACCAUCAUCACCUCCACCUCGGGACCCCGAAUCCCCCCUUGUCUUCUUCCCCGGAGCCUCCCAAUCCCGUCUGGACCUCCGCAGCGCAGCCACAGGAGGUGGAACAGCCCUAGGGUUUUGCCUCGCAGCCCCGCCCCGCCCCGCCCAGCCCGCAUCGCCAUGGCCGACGACACCGACGAGCUCGGCCACCAGAGCCUCGCCACCGCCGACGACGACAGCAGCAGCAACAACCUGUUCCAAGUCAUGCGCGCCGUGGAGGACGCCGAGGCCACCAUCCGCCAGCAGCUUGAGGAGAACAGUCGCUUGAAGGACGAGCUGAUGCGCAAGACAAGAGAACUCGACAGGAUUGGGACAGAGGCUGCAAACCAAACUUCUUACGCUGGGCUGGAUCAGGCUCGCGCCGCCGAGGCGUACACAAACUCUUAUUCGAGUGCUUUUCCUGGGAAUAGGACGGAGGGCUCAAAACUGUCCAGUACCACUUCUUCGCCACGGAAUUCUCAAGGCACUCUAGCUAGUCAUCAUGAUGGAGCUGCUGAACAUAGCAACCAGUCUACUGGAAUGUCCAGAAAACUAUCAGGAGAACAUGGUGCUGCUGAGAUUGCUGGACCAUCUCAGCUCUCCACUCCGUCAUCUCGUUCCCUCUCACCAACUAGGCACCACAAAGAAGGAGAAUAUGACUCUAGGCUCAACUUAGCUGGACAAGCUAUAUUGCCUAUUGCAGAGACGAGCUCAAACAUCAUCUGGAAGCAGGAUCUUCUCGCUAAGGUUAAGGAACAUGAAGAAGAGAUUGCACAUUUAAGAAGGCAUCUUGCUGACUACUCAGUGAAGGAAGCCCAAAUACUUAAUGAUAAACAUGUUUUGGAAAAACGUAUUGCAUAUAUGCGAAUGGCAUUUGAUCAACAGCAACAAGAUUUGGUUGAUGCUGCAUCAAAAGCUUUAUCCUACAGACAAGACAUUAUUGAAGAAAACAUCCGUCUGACGUACGCAUUGCAGGCAGCACAUCAAGAGAGAUCAACUUUUGUAUCUUCUUUGAUGCCUCUUCUGUCAGAAUAUAACCUGCAGCCUCCUGUUCUUGAUGCUCAAUCAAUUGUUAGCAAUUUGAAGGUUUUGUUUACACAUUUGCAAGAGAAACUCAUCAUUACUGAGGACAAACUGAAGGAAUCACAGUACCAGAUUACCCCUUGGCGUGCUGAAUCUUCUAAUAAUACAAGCGGUCCUGUACAGUCACCUUCUCGUCCUCCUGGAAAUGCAUUGGUUGCUUCUGGCCAACCUAGCCUUGACAUCGUGCCCCAACAAGCAUAUGCUCAUGUACAAUCUCCAACUUCUUCUCCCGUUCGAGCUAGACGUGAUUGGGAUUUAUUGGCGAAUGAGAACCGUCAGGUCCCAACUGAGGUUGCUGCAACAAAUACAGAGCAGGAGAAUAAUGGAAGGAUCUCUCCUCCAAGCAGCAACCAAAGUACCAAGGAUGUUGUAACCCAAGGAACUGAGCGUGAUACUCAUGCUGUACGAUUUAACUUUGAGUCCAAGGAUCAAAACCCAUCAUUCAAGGACCUUGUUAGGAGUGAAGUGCCUGAAAAUCUAGAGGGAACCGAAACCCAGAUUUCACAAGAACCUCCUGCAGAGUGGGGUCCUGGUACAGCAUCCGGCCUUGACGAUGCAAACCUGCCUUACCCUUAUCUUCCUACUGUUCUUGAGGAGCCUAGUUCUUCUUUCUCUGAAGCUGCAGAGGAUGACCCACUGCCAGCCAUAGAUGGACUAAGAAUCACAGGUGAAGCUUUUCCUGGAAAAGAACUUCAAGCAAGUGGGUAUUCCAUCAAUGGGACCACAAGUUGUAAUUUCGAGUGGGUACGCCAUCUGGAAGAUGGAUCGGUAAAUUACAUAGAAGGCGCAAAGCAGCCCACAUAUUUAGUUACCGCUGAUGAUGUGGACACUUUACUAGCCAUUGAGGUGCAGCCUCUAGAUGACCGGAAAAGAAAGGGGGAGAUCGUGAAGGUUUAUGCUAAUGAGCAAAGAAAAAUUACUUGUGAUCCUGAAAUGAAGGAGCUCAUCAAAAAAAUUCUUUCAAUUGGGCAUGUAUCUUAUGAAGUUCUGUUACCAGUUAGAUUUUUAGAUAUGUGGGAAUCUGCUGUAUUGGCAAUAAAGAGGGAAGGUUACAGCAUCAAGUGUAAUGGACAGCGUGGCGUUGUUGUUACAGAAAAAUUCCAGCAAGCCACGGCUAUCAAUAUCCCGUAUGGGCGUCCUGAUGAAUUUUCGAUUCAGUCUGCUGAUGGUGCUGAGUAUAGUCUCAAGCCUGCGGAAAAUUCCCCAUCGCGAGAUAGCAUCGUUCUAAUACUGAGGCUGUUCAGGAUGAAGGCUGUUGAGAAGAGCAAGGGAAGAAGGAAGGGCAUAUUCUUUAAGUAGGGUAUAUCAGUAGGGUAGUGUAGAGCAGAGUUGGGGCUUGUGUCUCCUUGUGGCUAUUUAUUUAUUUAUCUCUGGCCAGUGAUUAUUGUGUGUAGAAAUGAAGUCUACAUGCCUCCCUGUGUGCGUGUGUGUGAUGCAUUGCAUUCUAUUGUAUCUAUUUCUUUUAUCUGCGUGUGUGCGCUGUGUAAAGAAAGAUAGCGAAUUUUGCUUGUAGGCCUUGGGAACAAGUGCAGUUUUGUUAAGUUGCUUGGUUUCUUGUCCCCUUGAUGAAAGAAAGAAAGGGCACCUCUCAUGAUUGUUUGAAA